AUGUUGCUGGAAAUCGGGAAGAACACGUCGGCAAUGUUGGCUCAGGCAGCAAUAAAGCAGCGAGAACUGUCCCGGGCAGAGUGCGGCCAUCAGAGUGGAGGAGAGCAGGCCAGCACUCCGGCCUGCCGGGGCGGAGGAGGGGAUCGGGUUCCCGCCAGGGGACGACAGGCGGAUCAUGGCCUUCCCAGUUUUCCCCGUCGGCCCCCCAAGGCGCUGUCUCUCUCCAACAAGAAAAAGAGAGAAUCAGUAGAUUUUUGCGUCGAGAGUCGUCGCCUCGCGUCCCUCCCCACCCUGUCCCCAGGCACUCCCAGGAAAGGUGCAUGGCCACCCGGGGAGGUGAAAGACUCCCAGGCUGCCCAGACUCCCGCGUCAGAUAUUGAACUGAUGCCAUUUGAAGACUCAGUCGAAGAAACAAGAAAACUGGAGGAGGAGAACAGCGAUGGCCUGGAGUGGGAGGACGAGGAAGAUGAGGCUCCUAUCUUUGCCGCGCCUCACGACUCCUCCAGAGACCCACGUAGUAUUCUUCGUCGAUGGAAACGGAAAACCGAGGUGUUGGAGGUACGCGUGGUGGAAGGCGGCCUGGCGGUGCUCCCUUGUAACCUUGCAGUCGACGACCCUAGGGACACCGUGCAGCUCAUUCUGUGGAUCAAAGAGGGAGUGCACACCCCUCUCUACAGCUACGACUACAGAGAGCUGCUUGGAGGACGACCCAAGGAAACGAAGCCAGACGCGAACACCACAUUAGCGAGGAGGACGUCUUUUCGCACGGACACGACCCCCGCUGCCCUUCUGGUGGAGAGAGUGGAAGCUGAGGACGCUGGGGUGUACCGCUGCAGAGUGGACCACCAGCUGUCCCCCACCACCAACACCCGCACCAACCUCACUGUUAUAGUUCCCCCCAGCCGCGCAAGGAUCAGCUGGCGUCUGGGUAACUCUGGCCUCAUGCCUGUGGACACGCCCCUGGUCGGUCCCUUCCUGGAAGGAGCCGCCCCGACCCUCGUUUGCACCAAUGACGACGGCUGGCCCCCACCUGCCGUGCUGUGGUAUGAGGGACAGAAGGUCAUUGAUGACACGUACGAGGUGGACAGUGACCUUCCCUCCAGCGGCGUAGUGCAGAAUGAGUUGUCUCUCGCACCGUUGACUCGAGCUGACCUGGGUCGCCGCCUCACCUGCACUGCCUCCAACACCAACACCACCCAGCCCUCCACCACCACUGUCACCCUCGACUUGACGCUGAGCAUCGUGGGCGUGCGGGUGGAGGAGGUGAAGUCAGCCUGGGCGGGAGAGGAGACGGAGGUGGAGUGUAAGGUGUGGGGCUCUCGUCCGCCGCCGUCCGUGGUGUGGUGGCUGGGCUCCACCAUGCUGGCCCCCUCGCACGCUAAGGAGGAGGGCAACGUCACGAUAUCGGUGCUCAAGUUAACGCCCAAGGCUGAGGACGACGGGGCGAUGCUCAUUUGUCAGGCCACCAACGAGAAGCUUCCAGAUCAAGCCGUCCAGGACUCCAGACUUCUCUCCAUCAACUACGCGCCUGUGGUGGAGGUGAGUCUGGGCCGCUCUCUGGACCCCGCGAGGAUCAAGGAGGGAGAUGACGUGUACUUCGAGUGUUCAGUCAAGGCCAAACCCUCCAUCUCAAAAGUGGCCUGGAGACACAAUGGGGUGCAGCUGGUGGCAGGGAAAGGAGUGUUCGUAUCCAACAUGUCCCUAGUGGUGCAGCGAGUCACUAGGGCGAGAGGUGGGGACUACACGUGCGAGGCCACCAACGCAAGGGCCACCUCCUCCUCUCCCGCCCUGCACCUCGACGUCAAGUAUGCUCCAGUGUGUGGGAGGCAGGAGAGGACGCAGCAUUCGGUGGCCAAACUGGAGAACGCUGAAGUGUCUUGCCGAGUGGACGCCAACCCGCCCAAGGUGACUUUCCGCUGGACCUUCAACAACACGGCGGAGGCGAUAGACGUGCCGGACGGGCGGUUUGUUGUGGUUGGUACCGAGUCUCGAGUCAACUACACCCCGAUGAACGAGCUGGACUAUGGGACACUGCUGUGCUGGGCCAACAAUAGCAUUGGCGUGCAAAGUCACCCUUGUGUCUUCCAUAUCGUUGCUGCAGGCAAACCCAAUCCUCCUCACAACUGUCGAGUGUUUGAUGUCACCAUCAGCUCCCUUCAAGUGACUUGUCUCCCCGGCGAUGACGGAGGCCUCAGCCAAGAGUUCCUCCUUCAGGUGUACCAGGUAGGAUCGAUGACCCCGGUGGUGGAGGUGAGUCGGCUCUCACCGUCCUUCAGUGUGACCAACCUACGCCCCGCCACCGCCUACAAAGUGACGGUGAUGGCGAUGAACGACAAGGGUGCCUCACGAGCCACGCAGCUCAAGGCCUACACCAGCAGGGUCUUGGAGAUGCAGGAGGAGACCAGUGCUGAGCCGGCGCGGGAUCGUGAGCGAGGCCCGGGAGUACCGGUGGUGGUGGCUGUAGGUGCAGGCGUAGCGGCGGUACCCUUGGUGGUCGGGGUGGGCGUUCUGGUGUGGUUGAAGGUGUGCCGUCGUGUGCCCACCCCUCCUCCCUCUCCCAGGAGACACAGCACCCUCAGCAAGGACGCCGCCUCCACGGCCCUCCCCUCUGAAGGCUCACCCCAUCGCGACCCUGACCUGCUCUCCCACACCACAGAUCCUGGUAAUAGCCCUGACCACUGUGCCCACAUAGCCACCAUCUCCACCUCAUCAUCGUUCUUCCUCCACAACGGCGGGACUCCUUAUCCCUCCUCCGCCCACCACACCGGAGCAGCCCCGGCGGUUGGUGCUUCAGAAUACACCCAGCUUCUGUGCCCCGAACCCAGCCAUGCUCACGCCCACGCUCACGCCCUUGGGCAGCCACCUGUUGCCUCCUCUGUGCCUUACUUCACUGACGCUUCGCAGGCACAGGCGGCGGAGGUGGGGGCGGCAGCCGUGUUUCCUCCGAGUUGCAGUCGACCGGAGCUUGAGGGCCAGGCCACGUUGGAAAGGCGACGGCAGUGUCACCACGAGCCCACCGACCCAGCUCUGCACACCACCUUUCCUCACCUCUACCAGGGGUCGAGUGGUCGUCCGUGCAAUACUCCGCACGGCUCCCAGUACUGCCUCACUCACUGCCCAUCUGCGCCUUCCGGAAGCUCCCCCUCGCAGAGUCAACAGGGAACUCUUCGACGAGACCAAAAAGUCAGGUCAGGUCCGGGCCCCCAUAUGUGCCAGAUGCACGAGUCUCCGUCUCCGAGGGAUUCGUAUCACGGACAGGGGGAUGCCGGCCACAGGGUAUGUCGACGAGGCGAGGGAGCGGGCGGCGAGGGAGGGGACCACGGGGAGCCGCCCACGCCAAACACUAUCAGAAAGAAUAAACGAGAGAGUGCGGUUUGAGGGGUUGUGUUGCACCGAAACUUUAGACUUUCCCUGUUAAGUAAAUAAUUAAUGUGUCAACGCAACAUCUCAUCGAAAAAAAAAAAAAAACCACACAGGGCCGCGGGGGAGCGCCGCGGUCCACGCUCAGCUGUGUGAAGCACGAUGCAGGUGUAUCAACGACACUACACUCACUUUUGUACGUCACAUUUCAUCAUUGCUAAGAUGAAUCUCAGAGAGAGAGAGAGAGAGAGAGAGAGAGAAUCAUACAAUAUAUCAAAUGUGAGAAAAUACAAGAAAAAAAAUGGCAUUCGUUGCUCUGUCAGUCGUGAUGGUGUUGAUGUUGACGGUGGUGGUCCCAAGUCUACCGAUGUUCCACGCUUCUGGCCAAGUGUGCUGUUUAUCGUAAUGAUCUGUGAUAUUACGCUAGUGGAGCACCGACAUCGUAGUAGAGGUGGAAGCGACGUCAUGGCGUAUUCGAGACUGCAGCUGUCUUCAGAGGAGGAGGAGGAGGAGAAGGGAGGUUAUAUGGAGAAAAAGAACCACAAAAACGAACGUAUCGUUCUCCCAACUCCCAUAAACAAAUUAGCCAAGCACUGCAGUAACUAAUCUGACUUCCCAAAAUCUUGAAGCGACACCAGCAGGUAAUAUUAUGUAACAAGAGCCGCCAUGUUGUCAUCAUUGUUUUCCCAGACGUGUUCUGAUUAAGCUCAAAGGGAAGAAAGAAAAAUAAAAGAUGAGGAAAACAGUCGCUCGCUUCUACCGAUGUCAGUGGUGUGUUGCCGAUUAGGAAUAAAGAAUAACUCGCUCAAGUGGCACAUACUGUAGAGAGUAGUGGUGGUGACUGGAACGAAGGAAAAAAUAUGAUACAAGUAACAGAAGCAACAUGAAAUGAACAAACCUGUGAUGAAUCUAGCUCGUGAAACAGAAAGAAAAGAAAAAAAAGUAAGAAAAGAAACAAUUAAUUCUUGACUUUUCUUGUUAUGAAUUAUGUUGCGUGAAUCUGUGUACGUAAAUAUCGUUUGUUACUGUGUUAUUAUAUGCCGUGUGUGUGUGUGUGUGUGUGUGAGGGCAGGUGGUACGCUGAUUAAUGCUCUGCGGCAAACAUUCUCCCCAUCCUGUGUUUAAUGCAGAGGUGACGCUUGUGUUGUGUUUGCUGAAGGCGAUAGAGGGCAGUUGUGUGGUGCGUGGGGCAGACGGCGAGUGUUUGCAUAAUGUACGAGUAGUAGUAGUUUUUUUUUUUCUCUUUUUUUUUCCUGUACAUGGAGCAAGAGAGAUUACAUUCAUACCUUGCAGAUAAUGGGAAACGUGCACACGAAAGGAUGCAUACAAGAGAGAGAUGAAAGAACUUAAGGGAAACUAUGUAAGAGUAAAUGUAUAAUAAAAAAUAAUGGAAUCAUGCACAUACCCACUCAGAGAGAGAGAGAGAGAGAGAGAGAGAGAGCGUAUAAAGAAUGAAUUAGGAGUAAAAACUACUCGUAUAUUCUGAAACACUGCCUCGAACCUCCGCUACUUUGAAAAGCCCUAGUUGAAGGUGUAAGGGUUUUUAGGGAUGUUUUCAUGGUUAUAUUAGCAGAUCAAAAAAAAUUCUACAUUAUUAUCAGGAGAAAUAUUCUUAGGCCCAUGGAAAGUCAUCUCUGUGGCCUUCGAAAAUAGUCGUGAUGAAAGAUCGAAGUGUUUCAGAAUACGAGUCUGAGUCCAAAAGAGAAGUAAGGAUAGAGAUGACCUAGUAACAAGGAUUAAUGUGAUGUGAGGUGACUGAAGGGGUGAUUGAACGCCACCCGGGGGAAUGGGAGUGAGAGGCAUCGAUUUUUUUUUUUUUUUUUUUUUUUUUUUUCAUUAUGUGUAA